CGGUGGUACGUCGGUUAAAGAUCCAGACGUAACACUUUGGCUCCGAUCUCGCCGGACUUUUCCCCGAGGCCUGCGCGCGGUUUGGGAAAACUCUCGCUAUUUUCCGCUGUCAGGCGCUGUCGCGAGGCGAGAUUCUCGGAUGCGCGCGGUAGUUUCGACAGUUUGGUCCAGCGUUUAACCGGCAUAACACGAGCGCGUGUCUCAUCUGUCAUCCGUCUCCAGUAACCGGCGCGAUUUCGGAUUUCUUUCUUUUUCGUUUUUUUUUUUCUUUUUUUUCAGCCACGCUCUUCUCGCGUUUACCAUCUUCCCUUUUCGCCUUCUUUCAGAGAAAACGUAAGAUCGGUAAAAGAUGCGAUAUCUCGUAAAUGUCACUUUCCUCUCCCGAAGUAUUUUUUAUAGUCGCGAGUUUCUUUCAAGAUGUUAAUGCAUCUCGAUUCUCGUUUAAUCGUUCGAUGUAAUGUCUUACACGCUGAUGUAGAACGGGAAAAGGCGAGAAAUGUCGUAAGAAAUCAAGAGAAAUAUCUAUGAAUGUAUUAUUGCUUAAAUUGUAAAUAAACGUGUGCGCGUUGUCGCGGAAAAUUGUUUAUCUCUUAUACAUGGGUGUGUGUGUUUCAGAGACAUUUAUUUCGCGCCGCAUCGAUAUUUCAUCCCCCGCGUGAUUAUUGUGAUAAAUUCAUGCGCGUGAGUCAUUCGUAAGCAGAUACGGGAUAUCGCUCCCCGCAUCGAUAUAAACUUGUUUCUCGGUGUCACAAGUGUCGAAAAGUGUGCGUAAGCGUGUUAUACACGUUGAUAUACACCGGGAGAAGGGCAAAAGUCUCUCCCUUGCGUGUUCGUCUCUCUCUCUCUCUCUCUCUCUCUCUCUCUUCUGUGUGUGUCUUCCUUUCCUCCGCGGGCCAAAUGUCGCUCUCCGUCAUCGAGCCGCUGGAUGAUAAAGAGCCACCAGUCGGCCGAUUCGCUUCCAGAAGGAAGAGCGUUUUUGCGGAGACGUACAAUCCCGAAGAGGACGAGGAAGAUGACGGCUUUAAGAUGGUCCAUCCAAAGAGCGACGAGCAGCGACAAAGGCUCAGCGAGAGCGUCAAGAACAUACUUCUGUUUCGCGCUCUAGACGAGGAACAAAUGGCGGACGUACUUGACGCGAUGUUCGAAAAAACCGUUCAACCGGGAGAAUUUAUUAUCCGACAGGGCGACGAUGGUGAUAACUUUUAUGUGAUCGAGAGGGGAAAAUUCGACGUUUACGUGAAAGAUCCCGCCACGACGACGGAUAAUCGUAUUCACACUUACGAUAAUCGCGGCGCUUUCGGAGAACUAGCCCUUCUGUACAAUAUGCCUAGAGCAGCCACCGUCAAGGCCAUUACGCUUGGCACACUCUGGGCUAUGGACAGACAGACUUUCCGACGCAUUCUCCUUAAAUCCGCGUACAGGAAGCGUAAAAUGUACGAGACUCUUAUUAAUAAAGUGCCGAUGUUGAAAUCUCUCGAGGCUUACGAACGUAUGAAUUUAGCGGAUGCCCUUGUACCGAAACAAUAUUCCGAUGGCGAGCAGAUAAUCAGGCAGGGUGAUACCGCGGACGGGAUGUACUUCGUCGAGGACGGCAUCGUCAGGAUUACUAUACUCGGCGAGAACGGCCGUGAAAUUGAGAUUAAUCGUGUUCCGGCUGGCGGUUAUUUAGGCGAGUUGGCACUCGUGACGCAUAAACCACGCGCCGCUUCGGCCUACGCUGUAGGGGACAUCAAACUGGCAUUCUUGGACGUUGAAGCUUUCGAGCGUUUGCUCGGCCCGUGUAUGGAACUUAUGAAACGUAAUAUUGACGAUUAUGAAGAUCAGCUAGUCAAAAUAUUCGGCAGCAAAACCAACAUCUCCGACAUUCGAUGAAUUGUCUCCGGCAGAGACAUAUCGACGCGCUGCUGUACUAAAGGACGCGACACUUUCGUACAGUAUAUAAUGUAUAACGUGCACAAAAGAGAACUUGUACCACCUACUUUUGAAUCUCAUCCCGCGUAUUUCGAGUAUCGUCUCGAGAAGGUCAACUGUUUCGUAUGACUGUUCACUUUAGACGUAUACCGAUAUUAAGAUUCGUCGACGAUAGUUACCAAGUUUAUACCUACGACACACAUUGAACAAAACUAUAGGCUGCUCGACUAUGUAUAAACAAUAACAAUGGUAUUUAAUAAUUAUUCUCUAAGACUGUACUAGAUCAAAAAGAGGGUACGUUAGUGCAUUCUAUUACACGCUCGAUCGUUUGCGAAAUGAAUAUCUCCAUUUAUUAUAGUCUCAGUGAAAGAUUGGAAUAUAAUACUUCGAGAUCUAGGACAGCAUUAUUAGUACGCUAUUAAUUAUUAUAUUAAUAUUCUUAUCCCUGGAAUGACUUAACAGUUUAUCUCGAUGUAUUCAAUCUAAGCAUACACGCGUCGCGUAUAUUUCCUCGCAUUAUCCAUUUUUUAAACAAAUACGGCAGUUACGUUUAAUAAUCCACUAGGAGUCUAGAAUAUUCGAAAUUGAAUGCUCUUCUAACACAUUUUUCUUCUCUCUGGCAAAGAUGGAUUACAAGGAAAACGACCAUAAUGAUCGUAUAGUGACAUAAAUCUUAUAAAGUUUCUAUGAGAUACCUACAUAUGCAUAUCACUCCUUUUCGAAUAUAAUGAAAGUAACAUUGCCACUAUUAAACUUAAUAAAAAUAAUAUCCUUUGAUACAUCUAUUUAAUAACAUAAUAUCUUAAUAAAAAAUAUCAGGUUAGACAAUCAAGAUUUUAUCUAUAAUUUCCAAGUAUUAAUACGCACUCUCUUUGUGAAAUAAAUACGCACAUAUACACGAACAAACAUCGCACAUAAACGCACAUGCUUGUAUGUAGUAAAAUCAUUGUUAAGCGCAACAUUUAAUCCACAAUAUUAUUUUUUUUUUUUUAUAUUUUUUUUCUAUAAAUUUAUGAGUUUUAUAUGAAUUAUUUUAUUAUACAUAUGAAUAUGUAUUUUAUGUUGAAAACAAGAUAUUUAGAAUUUAUUGCAAUUUUAUAUAUAAUUAUUCAUGAUUAAAUUAGCGUGCAGUAUAUCAGAUGAAUAGUUUUUCUACUCAAGAAAAUAUCAAUUAUUUUCUAAAUUACAGAUUAAGUUUUUUUAAAGUGAAAAAAACGCGUAUUAAUUACGUCUGACAUUUUUAUAGUAUUUAAAAACUUCUAUAAUACUACAGACGUAAAAAAUCGGUGUAAAGGGUACUGAUUUAUAUAUCCGCUUUUUUAUGGAUAAAGAUUUAUAAACGCCAGAAUCUUACAAAACGCAUUCUAUUUCGGAUAUAAAACACUCUCAUUAAAUGCAUAGGAAGACUAGCGAGCCUUAAGAUUGACUUAAAUGCGCGGAUAUGGCAAUGCAAAACAGACAUAUACAUUUGAACAUGCGUACGAUAUAAAAGAUAUACUUUCUUUUACAAUAAUACAGAUGUAAAUGCAAAAAUAAGAGAGAAAAGGGAUAAGAUUCUCUAAUUGUUUUUUACAUAUUUUAACGUAAAUGCCAUCAUUCGCUAAAGAUUAUGUGAAUUUUGCCGUGAAAAAGAUAACCGCGCGUUUAAGUCAAGCGUUAAAUUCAAUGUGUUUUGCUGUUAAAAAUCAUGGUAACUCGAGGAUCGAUUAUAUGAGAAUCCGUCAACUUAUUUUUACUACGUGUGUAUAUGAUAUACACGUUAUACAUGUAUGAUAUACGUCUAUCAUCAUUAUAAGAGUCCAGUCGAAAAAUGAUUCGAUUAUUGUACGAACAAGAGUUGCGAAUGCUAGUCACUUUUUUAUGAUCGUGCUAUCGUCACAUAUCUUCUUGUGACAAUUACGCUCGAUCAAGAAAAAUAGAAAAAAGGAAAGAUACGUUUUAUUAUGGUAAAUCGUAUAUUUACUACUGUGACUGAGAAACUCAAUGAAGCGACAGAGCUUUUUAAAUAAUAUCACAAUCGUGUGAGGGAGAAAGGGGAGACUAAUAUGAGAGUGAAAUAGAGAGAAGAUAACAUAGGAAUUGUUAAUAACAAUUGUGUUAUCAAUUACUCUUUGUUUAUGGCACGUACGACGUCUUGCACUGUUGUAUUUCUUUCUUUUUUCGUAUACAAAAACUUUUCUUAUAAACAAUUUAAUUGAGAAUUAUUCUCAAGAAAAUAGUUAAACGUGUUAAAUGGAUUUGACUAGACAUCAAUAAUCUGGAAAAAAUUUACACUUUAACAAUUAAAGUUUUUUUUUUCUUUGUAAUGUCAGCAUCUUUAGUCUUCCACUGUAUCUCCAGGCUGUGAUAUUAUUUUCGACUGAGUAUUUCAUUCCCUUUCUUGUAGUUUUUUCUACAAGAUGAAUAAAAGAAUAUCAUAAUUGUUAUCGAAUUCGCGAUACAUCAAACUGGUGAAUUUAUUUUCAAUGACUAAACCAACGUAUCUUGUAAGUGCGACAAAGAUUUCAAUGGAUUAGUAAAAGUGACUUGAUUAUCGUUGGAUACGAGGAACUCUAGCCGUAUCGCAAAAGAAAAACAAAAAAAAAAAUAAUAAUUCGCAUAUUGAAUAAACUUGAUACGCAUAAGUACUUACUUGUGUUAGCUUACAUUUAAUGAAUUAAAUGUAAAGCAUUAAAAGUUAGAAAGUCUGUCCAAUUCACAUUAUGCUGUAUGUAUCUAUCAUGUGAUUUGUCUUAUAUGUUGCGUGUUGUCUUUCAUGUGCGAGUGUGGAUGUGGAUAUGCGCGUGUGACGAUCGAGCCAGUAAUUUGUUAAUUUAUGUUGCUAUUAUAUCGAUAGUUUACACUCUUCGAUAGUUGUAUAAUUCAUGUUAUCGUCAUUAAAGAUAAUGCAAUAUACCGAAAUAUGUCCUAUGGAUAAAUAUCGUAACAGUAGUAUGCCUUACUGUGCCGCACACUGGAUCUUCGCCUUUUUACUUCUAAAGAGGGGAAGAUCUAUGAAGAAUCGAAGAUAUAGAUUUCGUUAUAUAUCCGCGAUUUACACUGCUGGAUAAAAUUAUUAAAAUAUCUUAUUAAAUUUGUGUAAAUAUAUACGAGAACUUUUUUCUCUAUAAUUUUUCUUAUUAUAUAUAAUUUAUAAUUUUGGCCACAAUUCCAUUAUCUUCGUUUAAGUUAAAAAUCAUUUACAUUAUUAGUUUAUAAUCAAUAUAUGAAUCAAUUUGGUACGCAUGUGAUAAUAAGUUCGUGUCAGAAAUUGUUUCAAUAUUUUAUCAUUAAACCAGCAGUGUAUUAGUUAUGUAUUCACAUGUGCUACAUCCAGCAAUGGGCAUUCAAUUUUCCGUCUUGUCAGUCUUCAAGCAAUUGAAUCAAUAUGAAAUUUCGAGUUAUUUUGAAUAUUAUUGAAAAUAGGAUUUUUGAUUAAUCUUGACUAUAUCUUGAAAAGAAUCUUCUCUUGUUUUAAUAACUUUUCUUAAAAAAAAAAGUCUGAAGGAAGUCUGGACAUUCUUGGAUAUUGAACGGAACAUAAAUUAUGUAUCAAUGUUUAAAAAAGCACAUUUUUUAUUUGCAUUUAUGAAUUAUUAUAAUUAAAUUACCAUUGUCAUUGUCAUAAAAAAUAUUAUGCAGAGAGUAUAAUCUUAUUUUAGAUCUCAAAUUUAAAUAAUAUUUCGCGUGUGCUGUAUCCAUUUACAAUUUUUAAAACUUUUAACAAACAUAAUACAAAUAUGAAUAUUUCAAGAGACUUCUUAAAACGAGACCUUUGUAGUUGCUGUUUAUCAAAAUCAUUUCAAGAGUUUUCAAUUUUAAAUAAUAUUUGAAAUGACUCGAAACUCUCUUCCGUUGUGUUUGCAAUGAUUCGGAGCGCUUGACUCAGCCCACCCGCUAAAUUGCAAUUCUAGUCCAAAGUGACAUGUGACAUAAUAGAGAAAUGUUUCCGACCAAGUAGCACGUAUUGAAGAUCAGAGAAUUGAUAAAUUGAUCGCGAUAACAAUAUUUAUAACUGGCUAAUUAAGUGCCAGUAACACUUAUUUCUUUUACAUGUUUAAUUUAAAUUUUUCCUUAUGUGCACGUGAAAUAUUUCUUUAAUAUAUUUGAUUUAUUAAAUGUAGCAAUUAUGUAUUAUCAAUGUUAUUGUGCACGUAACGCAAUGCACUUUGCAUCGGACCAAUUUCAAAGAGCAAUUAAGCUUGCGAUUAUUUUUUCUUCUUUCUACUCUAAUAUUCUUUCUCUCAUCGUAUGGCUGAUAUGAAUUCUUCCCCGAUGUACACCCGUUAUACCGAGUUCUAAAAUGUUACAUUUUAAUAACUUUACUGCCUCUGUGAUUUUUAAAUUGUAUUAUUUUCACGAAUACGUGCAUGGCAGAUAAAUUAUACGAAUUUAGUCCUAAACGUGGCUCGAGAAAAAUCUGACAAAAUAAUCCUUCAAUUAAUUCUCAAGUCACAUGCUUUAAUGCUAAUACUAAGAGAAGCAAUACGAGUCUUAAACUCGAUUGCGUGCCGACAAUCGUCCGGUGUCAUCGUCUGAGAACGCUUGUAUGAUUGAAAGUAUCUUGUGGUAGUCUUAUAUAUUUUAUCUUUCUUUCUUUAGAAUAAUCUCUCAUUAUCUUGUUAAAAUAUCGACACUUUCUUCGUUCUUGAUUCACAUACUGCACUUUCUUUUCCCCACACUUGAAUGCCGAUAAUAUUACUAUUUUACUGCAAGAGAAAAUUAUAUGCUUCUCUAAAUUUCUUUAGAAAUGGCAUAAUUUAUCGCGUUGCAGACGUUAUGUGCAGUUGGAACAGAACGAAAGGAAAGAGUAUGCAGUUACGGGAAAUUGGGACGUUCGAGAACCCAGAAGUAUAUAUAUGUCUCUCUUUUGUUGCGUGUCCCAGUUUUAUGUCCGAUUUUAUAUUAUAUUUUCGAACCAAAGCAUGAUAAAGAGAAAUCUCUCUGAUUGUAUUGUAAAUGUUGAAUAAAUUUAGAAUAUAUAAUUAGCCUUAUAUAAAAUGUGUGUAUACACAUAUUGCUCGAAGCGUGACGUAUUAUAUAUAGCGGAUAUAACAUCAGAAUGGUCUCUGUGUUCCGUUAGUGAUGUAAGAAAAAAUUAAUCUUGUUUUUUGUUGAGUUAUACGUAUCGUUUGAAACAAACAGUAAAAUUGUUAAGUAUUUCCUAUAUUUUGUAACCCGUUCAAUAACAUAUCUAUCUAACAUGUUAAAAAUUCUUAUAUCUUCAGAGAAGAAGAAACGA